AUGAAAGAGAUAACAAGAGGAAAUGAGGAAAGAGAUCAGGGGUUAAGAAAGGGACCGUGGACAAGAGAAGAAGACGUCGUGCUGGCGGAGUACGUGAAAAAACACGGCGAAGGGAACUGGAACGCCGUUCAACAUCAUACUAAACUCCCUCGUUGUGGUAAGAGCUGCCGUCUCCGGUGGUCUAACCAUCUCCGGCCAAACCUCAAGAAAUGUCCUUUCACUCUUGAUGAAGAAAACCUCAUCAUCCUCCUCCAUGCUCGUUUUGGUAACAAAUGGGCUCGCAUGGCCACACAAUUGCCAGGGAGAACUGAUAAUGAGAUUAAGAAUUAUUGGAAUACAAGAGUGAAAAGAUUAAGACGUGCUGGACUGCCGUUGUACCCACCGGAAAUACUGCAGAGUUUGAGCCCUCCUCCGAUGAGGUUUCCGGAGGGGUUGUCUUGUGGAGAAGAGGUUUGUGUGAAUGAGAUUAGUUUGGGAGAUUAUGGAAGGGGUGAGUUUUUGUAUGGUGGUUUGCAGAAUCACGGAGAUUGGAAUUCUUGUGCUUUAUUUGAUCAACCAAAUGUUCAGGGUGCUGCAGUUACUGGUCCAGGAGCACAGAUUGAAAUCAGAAACGAUGCAGGAAUGGGUGUUAGAAAUCCCAUGCAACAAGCCAUGGCACAAAUAAUACAAACAAAUCCAUUGCAGCAAAGCAUGACACCAAUGAUGCAAACAAAUCCAGUGCAACAGAGUAUGACACCAAUGAUGCAAACAAACCUGGUGCAACAGAGUAUGACUGUACCAAUGAUGCGAACUAAUUCAUUGAUGACAUUUCCUCCUGUGAUAACUAAAGUUGACAAUUCAAUGAAUAAACCGGCCUCCAAUGAUCAACUUUUGAACGUCUCUUGGGAGAACUUGCCAGGGUUAUUUCAACAUUUUAUGUGAUUUUCUUGUAUUUUUCUUGAUUUAUAAAAGAGUCCGGAUAUUGAUGUUAUGAGUGUCAGAGUGUUCGUAGUUAUCCAUAAUAAAGAGAA